CUGGCCGCCACCCCCACCCCCCGCCCCAAGCCCCGAGCCGCACCAGGCACUGCUGGGAGCCAGCCCUAAGCCCGUGGUGGGCCCGGGGCAGACUCACCGGACUGCCCCGCUCCAGGACUGGUCCGGCCCUGGCCCACAGGUCCAGCUCUGCCUAGCACUGUGUGUUCCCACUGCUCUGGAAGCCGCGUGAGGCUUGGGGGGCCUGGAGGGUGGCGUCGGCGCAGGGCCUGUGGGCGGCAGCGUUCUUCCUGGCACUCGGAAUCUCGCGGCCGGCAGAUCGGUCCGGUCUCAGCUGGAGCCACAGCGCUGGCGUGAUCUCGCUCCUCCUCACCCACGGAAGCCACGUCUGUCCUGACGCCCAGCGCCCUGUGGGCAUGUUCCACUGAGCCGCUGGCUCGCGUGGACCUGGGUCCCCACCCUGCAGGCCUUGGGAGGCUGUUGCAGGGUCUUUCCAGCAGUAACUCAGGAAAGCGAACAGGACAGACGCGAACCCUGCCUCCAGGGUCCGGCGCGGUCUCGGGGCCAUUACGUUCCUGGUGGACACACCGGGGGUCCACGCCUGACACGCACCAGAGUAGGGACGCCGCCCUCCCAACGCCCGCCCUGCCCUGCCGUCUCAGGCUCCCGGCCCCUCCGCGUGCUCACGUUCACGUUGGAGGGCGCGACCCCGAACCCUGAUGCCGACAGUGUGUUUACCAUUCUCGGGCCGUUUGAGGGUUACUGACCCUGUGUUUGACGUGGAAACAGACGCCGUCCACGCGGCACAGCGCAAAACGUCCUAAAUAUCUCGAUGCAUCUGAAGUUUGUAAAAGGGCGUGGGCGCCAGCCGCCUCUGCCGGGGAGAGGGCCGGGAGGGGCAGGUGGCCUCCGGGUCCCUCUGUCACCGCGGAUCCAUGAUGCGUGUUUUCUCAGCACCUUCUGCGGCGGGGAGUUGGAAGAGAAGGUGAAACAGCACAUCCGACGGACGCACGAACAAAGGAAAAGACGUCGGGGCGCGGCCCCCCUCGAGGGCAUCAGGAAGGCCACGGAGGACCCGGAGAUCGUGUGUGGCGCCCCCCGCUGGGGCGUCGGCAGAGGCGGGGCAGAGCCUGGGGGGCUGCGCAGUUGCCACCGAGGACAAGGACGCCACGGCGGGGACCGCGGGGUCUUCUCGCCCGCUGCCGGCAGCAUCCGUCCCUCCCACCGUGUCCGGGAAUGUCCGGGCCAUGUGCCUGGUGCAGCAGUGGAGGAAGAGCCUUUCCACCCCGGACGACACGCGGUCAGCCCGCCCAGUGCUGCGAGGGUCCCGGGCCUCGCCGAGCUCCUGGAGCCGCCUGCUGACACGGCGCGCCCGGAGGCCGUGGGGAACUGGCCCGUCUGUCCCCCAGACAGCUGGACGCUGGCCCGUGGGGAGCGUGCUCCAUCUCACCUGGUGUGGAAGCUGGAGCCCCGUCCCCACAGCCCAUGUGAGGACUCUGCACCACUGUCCCUUCUCCCCCGGGGGCCAGGUGCCUCCCGCCAGUCGAGAGCGGGGAGGGCCGUCUCUGGGGAAAUCAACUGGCCAAGGCCAGUGACUUGAGGACUCCAGUACUUGGGCGCCCCCAGUCCUGAGCUGAGCAGCAGGGGCGCCUCCCCACGGAGAGCUCCACCCACCGACGUCCUCAGUGCUGACCAGUGGUGUUACUGCCUCGUUCCCGAGCACGAGCGAGAGCCCAAGUCACCAGCUUAGGGGAGAGGCCCCGUGUGGGGACGGGCCAGGCGGACAGCGGAGGGCGCGUUCGGAAGAAACGCGGUCGUUGGGGAAACAAUCGAAAUCUCCCAGGAAGCAACUUACUGAAAUGGAAAAGACCACUGAGCAGUCUGGGAGUUAAGUUGAAAGUAUGGCAAAAACCUUUAAAAAUUAAAAUAAAUCCACAGGCGGAUUUGAGUAGCCCCCCACGAAGCAGGACAGAAAGGAAGGGGGGGCAGACCAGAGCGAGGACCCAAGACUCCCCUCGACUGACGCACAGGAGAUGCAAGGGCAUGUGGGGGGGCUGACAAAACACGGGGUGAGGGGGUCCCCGUGUGCCGUGUGCACCGGGCAUCCUGCGAGGUUCCAGCCAGGGGCCAGGACGGAGGCCGGUACAGCAGCACGGCGGUGGCCCUCGCCCGCAGCCUGACGGAGCUCUGAGCUCGGUGCCGGGCCGGGGCCAGCGUCGAGGAAGGACUCAGAAACGUCACUCUGUACAGCCCGUUUCUGGAACCUUCCACAGAGUGCGUUCUCCCAGACAAGGGGCUGGACGGGGAAAGGAAGUGCCCGCCAGGACAGGCCGGCUGUGCGCGUGCCGGGGCCAGGCGGAGCCCAUGGGGCCUAGAGGGUGUCCCCAGCGUCUCCGGCCAGUCCGCGGACGCC